AUGUUUGCGCGAGCGUCCAAGGCACCUUACAUAUGUUCACAAUGUUUAUCCAAGCGAGGUAUCAACCGAUUUUACUCCACUGAAUCGCCGCCGUCGCCCUCUUCAUCUGGAGCUGCUAAACUCGCGACCCGUCGCCUCAUCUCUGUUCAUGGCGUUGAUGCGCCCAAAUUCUUGCAAGGCAUCAUCACCAACAAUGUCAAGACUUCUGGACCAGAGGCCACGAAAGGCUUCUAUGCAGCUUUCUUGACUGCACCAGGAAAAGUCUUGCACGACAGCUUUAUUUAUCCUACAAUAGGCUCUGAGUGGCAUGCUCAGCAGGUCGGGAGUGGUGUCGCAGAAGAGCCAGGCUAUUUGGUGGAAGUAGACUCAGAGCAAGUGGAUGUUUUGAUGAAGCAUUUGAAGCGACAUAAAUUGCGGUCCAAGUUCAAACUGCGUGUGGUGGAAGAUGGAGAGAUGAAUGUGUGGAGUGUAUGGAGAGAGGGAGACCGGUGGACUGCCCAUGGAACUCAGGACGGUAUGGAUGGGGUGGUUGGACUGACGGAUGCCCGGGCGCCAGGAAUGGGACAACGACUCGUCUUGCCUGGCGAAGGCCACCCGAUGCUGAAUGAUAUGGAGCAGGCUCCUCUAUCUGCGUACACCCUGCGGAGGUAUCUGAGAGGUGUUCCUGAAGGCCAGAAAGAGAUGCCGAGGGAUGACUGCCUCCCUAUGAAUUGCAACAUUGAUAUCAUGGGAGGGAUCGAUUUCAAAAAAGGAUGCUAUCUGGGGCAGGAAUUGACAAUCCGAACACAUCACACAGGAGUGGUUAGGAGGAGGAGUUUGCCAGUUGCUCUUUAUGAUCUCGGAAGUGAGCCCCCCGAACAACUGGAGUCCGUUCAGUCUACGAUAGACACGGUCUUGGAUGGAGCAGACAUCAGACGAGAUGACAAACGCAAACGCAGUACAGGGAAGCUUAUUGGACAUGUUGGCAAUAUCGGCUUGGGUAUGUGCAGGUUGGAGCAAAUGACCGACUUGAUAAUCUCGGGUGAGCCAAGCCCAUUCACACCUGAGGAUCGAUUUCUAGUUCAGAGCGCGGAUGGGAAAGAGAUGGGGUUGAAGGCCUUCGUCCCGGAUUGGAUAAGAGGGAGGAUCAGAGCGCCAAAAGUGCAAAAGCGCGUCCAAUGA